ACGAUGCUGGCCUGGUCAGGACGACUAAUUACGAAUGCUUCUCCAAGGACACGCCUGAAACAUCAUCCACUGGUCAAUGUUAUGACUGCGAAACUUGAUCUCACGGCCUUGACCAGAGGCAUGGUCAUUAUACAACAAGGAAGCGCGAGGCAUCCGCAUGGCGCCGUUGCCACCACCUGAGCGCAGGGCUGCCAUAGCAGAGCCCUACACCCCUCCCCUCUCCUUGGAUGGAGCUGGCUACUUCUCUCUUGUCCUGCUAGUCGGAGGAAUAUCGUCUCCUGCGGCUCGGCUCUGGAAGUGCUGCCAUACAAUACGGAAACAUAGCUACGACGUGCUGGAACAGACUUCGUAUACCGCAGGUCGAACGACCCCGGUCUUGUUGCUUUCCCUUUUUUGCCGUUUCUAUCGCCAGGGGCCCGGAUUCUGCAUUCAUGGAGCAGUAAUGGCAGCCAUUACUGAAAGGGAUAGGAGAGACUGGGGAGAGUGAAUGCAAGUACGAGCAUAAUACAGUAGGGAUGGAAGACGAGUGGAGCGCCAGAGGGACAAGAUGGAGAUGGAACAGGCCGCCAUGU